ACUUACAAUUUUCAUAUCCAUUGUUCUUUUUUCCAAGAAAAAGUGCAAUUAUGCCACCAAAAAGAAACCUGGGGAAGGCUGUCCAGACUUUACAGAUUGGGCUUGGUGAAGGCAGUCCAACACACUCAGAAGGAGAGAAUGAGCCAAUCAUUCCACCACCAUUGUCACCAAUACUUAGGGAGCAUUCUUUUGUCAAUCCUACCUUCAACAAGGGUAGUGAAUCUGGAGAUGAUGUUGCUCAAUCUGGUGAUUCUCUUGUGAAAGCUGUGUCAUAUCAGAUUAGCAUCAUGAGGCACACACUGAUGGAAUCUGAGGAGAAAGCUCGACAAAGAAGCCAAGAGCCACAAGUAGCAGAUCUUCAAAGGCAGAAUCAGAAUAUUCCAGCUCCAACAUUCAAGGGGCAAGUAAAUGUGCCACAGCCACCUCCCCAAAUUCAUCAGGUAGUAGGCGGACCAGUGCAGCCAGAUCCUGUUGAGGUUGCACCACGUGCAGCAGAUCUAGGAAAUCACCAGCAUCCUAGAUAUCUGCCACCUCCGCACCAACCAAAUGGAGGACAUCAACAACGUAAUGCACCUCCACAAAGGGAGCAUUUCCAGCCAUAUGUGCCACCUGUGCAGCAAAAUCUUCCAAAUCUGCCAAGACAGUACAUCAAUCGUGAUCAGAUCAUCGACAUGGUGCAGGAGGCUUAUGGUCUAGUUCUGAGGCCUCUUGUCAGGCCUGCCUACAGAAAACUAUAUCCAAAUUUCAUAGACCAAGAGAAUCCUUUUCCAAGGGGGUUCAAGGUUCCAGAAUUCACUCUAUUUUCCGGAGAUGGUGGAUAUUCUACAAUUGAACAUAUAGGCCGCUUCACAAUUCAGUGUGGCGAGGCCUCCGGUGAUGAUAAUCUGAAGCUCAGGCUUUUUCCUAGUUCUUUAACUAGUACAGCUCUCACCUGGUAUCUAAGUCUGCCACAGAAUUCUGUUUAUACUUGGAGGCAGAUGGAAGAUCUUUUUCACAUCCAGUUCUACCGCAGUGAGCCAGAAGUGUCCAUGGCAGAUUUAUCUCGUCUGGUGCAGCGACCUGGGGAAACAUCUGAGGCCUUUUUGGCCAGAUUUCGGAAGGCCAGACUUAAGUGCAGAGUUACCCUGCCAGAACAGGAAUUUGUUAAGCUGGCACAAAAUGGUCUGGACAUUGAAUUGAGGAAAAAGUUUGAGGGAAUGGAGUUUCGUGAUUUCUUUGAGUUGUCUUACAAGGUGGCUCGUUGUGAAAAUCUAUUGCGAGAGGACACACAAAGGAAAUCUGCAUCUCAUGGGACUUAUUAUGGUGAUGCCAACUUUGAUCUGGAUGUGGCAGAAGUGGUGGCAGACGAGCCAAUUGUUUGCCCAGAUUUGGUUAAAGUGGCCCAGCAGACCGACAGAACAGAUAAAAUCGACAAGGGAAUUCUGCGUUUUUCAGAUAAGGCCAAAGAAACUAUGGGAGUUGAUGCAGAUCCAUUCCCUACCAUGUCUGUUGGGGUGAAUGCGGCAGAUCUCAGGAGCAUUGCCAGAGACAAAACUCAGACAUACAAUGGGCGCAGACUUGCAGCUGAUGAUCUGGGGUGGGUCAUUGAGGAGGCCAGGGCCCGCAGAAAUCAGGGAACUGCGAUAUUUGGACGCGUAGAAAAGCCCAGAAUGGUGAAGCCACCACCCAGAUCUCCAACCAAACGAUGGGAACGUGUGGUGCAUCCAAAAUUUCCUAAAGAUCAGGCACAGCCCCUCCCAGUAAGAAGAAAAUCAGUGUGGGUCCGUAAAGAAAAAAGGAGUUCAUCUUAUCAGAAUUCUCCAGAAAAGGAGGAACCACCUAGAAUUCCAACAUCACCUCGAAUUCUGGCUGUGGAAUCCAAUGAAGAAACUGGUUUGAAGGCGAAGUUUGACGUGUCAGAUAAAGCAGAAAAUUCAUCAGAUGUAAUCUGUUUUGGUGAGUUUUUUGUGAAUCUAUCUUGCUUGGUGAUCACUCUUCCUUUAGUCUUUCAAGCAAGAGAGCAGUCAGAAUCUACAGUCUGUCACCAGACAGAUUUGACUGAGGAAGAAGAACUCAUUGAGAUCCCAGCUAAGGAAGAUGGUAGCAUGGAUUCAGCAGAUAAAAUCAUUUUCGAAAAACCAGAAGAGAGAAUGGCCAGACACAUCAGGCCAUUAUACAUUCAUGCACAUCUAAAUGGUAUGCAAAUAAAUCGAGUUCUAGUGGAUAAUGGAGCAGCUGUCAAUGUUUUGCCAACUUGUAUUCUGCAUAAGAUCGGCAAAUCUUUGGGUGAUUUAAUGGAGACAGAAGUGACAAUCAGUGACUUUACUGGUGGAGUAAAUCGCUCAAGGAGAAUUCUUCCAGUAGGACUUACCGUUGGGAAUAGAACUCUCAUGUGUGCAGUCUUUGUGGUUGACACCAUUGCCACUUAUAAUGCAUUGCUUGGGAGAGGUUGGAUACAUUCCAGUUGGUGUGUUCCUUCAACUUUACAUCAAAAAUUGAUAUUCUGGAAUGGUGGCAGAACUGAAGUCGUGACAGCAGAUGACAAGCCAUUUGUAGCAAGUACCAAUGCAGUGGGAGCUCGUUAUUAUGAUGAAAAUAUUGGGACUAUCCAUUUCUUUAGGAUGGACCGCUAUGGCAUACCUUCUGGAAUUACUGCAUGCACAAGAUCUACAAUGGACAGACUGACUGACUGUGAAGGAGACAGAUCUGAAGUAGUCUAUGAAGGUGAAAAGGAAGAUUUGAAGGAUCAGAUAACACUAGAGGAAUUAGAUCUGGCACCAGCAAAGCUUGAUGAUCUGAAAGCAAAGGUACAAGAUCCCCUGGAUGAGGUAAAUCUAGGUCUGGACAGAAAUCUGGUAGAGCACAGAUUACCAAUUAGACCAGAUUUCAAGCCUUUUAAACAGCCGCCUCCAGAAGUUACUUUAAAAAUAAAAGAAGAGAUAGAGCGGUUGUUGAAGGUCGGAUUCAUCAGGACUUCCAGAUAUGUGGAAUGGUUAUCUAAUGUGGUUCCUGUGGUUAAAAAGAAUGGCAAGCUGAGAAUCUGUGUAGACUUCAGAAUUCUAAAUCUGGGAACACCAAAAGAUGAAUAUCCUAUGCCUAUUGCAGAUUUAUUGGUGGAUGGUGCAGCACGCCACCGAAUUCUGUCAUUCAUGGAUGGCCACAGUGGGUACAACCAGAUUUUUAUAGCAGAAGAGGACAUUUCAAAGACCGCUUUCCGCUGCCCAGGAGCUAUUGGUACGUAUGAAUGGGUGGUAAUGCCAUUUGGUUUAAAAAAUGCGGGUGCAACUUAUCAAAGAGCCAUGAACACCAUCUUUCAUGACAUGAUUGGUCGUUUUAUGGAAAUUUAUAUUGAUGAUGUGGUCGUAAAAUCUAAUGAGGAUGAAGAACAUUUGGAGCAUUUAAAGCUGGCUUUUGAAAGAAUGAGAAAACAUGGUCUGAAGAUAAAUCCUUUAAAAUGUGCAUUUGGCGUUUCUGCUGGAAAUUUUCUGGGAUAUCUGGUGCAUGAGCGAGGUCUAGAAGUGGAUCAGAACAAGGCAAGAGCUGUUAGUGAAGCACAGCCGCCAAGAAGUAAAAAGGAAUUACAAAGAUUCCUUGGGCAAGUAAAUUUUCUGAGGCGUUUUAUCUCAAAUCUAACAGGAAAGACCAGAGUUUUUUCGCCACUGCUGAAGCUGAAAUCAGAAGCAGAUUUCAAAUGGGAGAGACACCAUCAGACCGCCUUUGAGGAAAUAAAGCAUUAUUUAUCAAAGCCGCCGGUCUUAGUGCCUCGUUUAAGAGGCAAACCUUUGAUUUUGUACAUAUCUGCCGCAGAUGAAUCUGUAGGAUGUCUGCUGGCUCAAGAAAAUAGUAAAAAGCAAGAACAAGCUGUUUAUUAUUUGAGUCGAAAUGAGUACUGCCAGAUUAUGUCAGAUGUGCAUAACGGAAUCUGUGGUGCACGCCAAGCUGGAAUUAAGAUGAGAUGGCUAAUUCGUAGACAUGGGUUCUUUUGGCCAUCGAUCUUGAAAGAUUGCAUCAGCUAUGCUAAAGGUUGUAAAGCCUGCCAAAUUCAUGGACCACUGCAGAGAGUUCCAGCGUCAGAACUCCAUCCAAUUGUCAAACCAUGGCCAUUUCGAGGAUGGGCCAUAGAUUUGAUUGGUAAAGUUUAUCCUCCUUCAACUAGAGGGCAUUCAUUUAUUAUUGUUGCCACAAAUUACUUUACCAAGUGGGUGGAAGCAAAGCCAAUGAACAAGGUUGACAAAACCGAUAUUAUUAAAUUUCUCAAGGAGGAAAUCAUUCACAGAUUCGGUUUGCCAGAAACAGUGACUUCAGAUCAGGGGACAGUUUUUGUUGGUGCACAAGUGGAGGCAUUUGCAAAAGAAAUGGGAUUUAGGAGUGCUACCAAGGUAACUCCAUUCUCUUUAACUUUUGGACAUGAUGCUGUUUUGCCCAUGGAGUUAUUUGCCAAAUCAUUGCAUAUAGCAAUUCAACAUGGUCUCACUUCUGGAGAAUAUAAUGAAGCAAUGAUUCUAAAGUUAGAAGACCUUGAAGGUACGCGAUUGACGGCUUUAGAUAGGCUGCAAACGCAGAAAUUAAAAGUAGCUCGAGCAUACAACAAACGGGUGAAAUCCAGAAGUCUGGCAGUAGGAGAUCUGGUAUGGAAAGUAAUUCUGCCACCUGGAAAGAAAGACCCCAGAUUUGGGAAAUGGUCUCCAAAUUGGGAAGGACCAUUUCGUAUACAUGAAGUGCUUAGAGGAGGAGCAUAUUGGCUUGAGUCAUUAAAUGGAGAAUUACAUCCUCGAAAAAUAAAUGGAAUCUACCUUAAGCCUUACUAUCCUAUGAUAUGGGAGGCUAGAGGUUUGGAUACCAUUGAUUCUAUCUGAGACAGAUUUGAGGUUGGAUUUGUACAGUAUUUUAUUCCAUUGUUUUAAGCAUUUUAUCAUUCAAUAAAAGUGCUGAGCCGAA